GCCCACGACAAAGACACAAACCCCAAGGCAUUAACAAUGCUCAAGCUCCACAGCCUGCUUGUCAUCACCGCGUCCCUCGCCGGUGCCUCGCUCACGCUGGCCGAGAUGGUCUUCCGUUGCCCGGCUUGCACCGCGGAGCACCAAGCUCUCUGCCCGCUGCUCAGCGAGCCUUGCGCGGAGAUCGUCCGCGAGCCGGGUUGCGGGUGCUGCCCAGUGUGUGCCCGGCAGGAGGGCGAGACGUGCGGCGUGUAUACCCCGAGGUGUGCCGCUGGCUUGCGAUGCUACCCGACGCCCGAUUCGGACCUUCCGCUGGAACAACUGAUGCUGGGCCAGGGCCUGUGCCGGCACACGGUUGACUCCGACACCACCAGCCAAGAGCCCCGGGAGCAGACCAGCGGUGAAGCCAUAGAACUGCUGUCCGAGUCAGGCCUGAGUGAUGUCCGCAUUCCUAAUAAGGACACCACCUGGAUAGGACCAAAGGAGAAUGCUGUGCGACAACAUCGUCAAGAUAUUUUGACAAAAAUGAAGAGCAACAAGGUGGAAGAACUAAAACCUACGCGACCAAAACAGACACCAUGUCAGCAGGAGCUGGACCAGGUGCUGGAAAGGAUCUCCAAGAUGCCCUUCAGAGAUAAUCGUGGUCCUCUGGAGGACCUUUAUGCCCUGCACAUCCCCAACUGCGACAGGAGGGGGCAGUAUAAUCUCAAACAGUGCAAGAUGUCGCUUUAUGGUCAGAGGGGUGAGUGCUGGUGUGUAAGCCCUUACACCGGCAGACCCAUUCCAGCAGCCCCGACUGUGCGGGGCAAUCCCAACUGCAGCCAGUACCUUCCAGAGCUGGAGCUGGAACUAGAGAUGGCCAACAUGGAUCAGAUAUAAUGAUAGUUAAAAAAAAAAAAAAAAAAAAAAAAGAACUGUAAAGGGGAUGAACAACAACAAUUAAUAGGUAGGGUAAACUUGCAAAAUGGCGCUGCCUCAGAGGAACAUUAUGUUAAACUUAAAAUGUAAUAAAAAAGUAAAAGAAUUGUAGAUUAAAAUUGUUGUUUGAUUAUUUUUUGUGGUAGCACUUGUUAGUAAAAAAAUAUAUAUAUACAUAUCAAUAAUCAUCUUUCCCUAGUGAAAAAAGUUCUUUAUCCUUUUUUGAAAUAACAUUUAUUUUGUAUAAAUACAAUAUACACUCAGUAAUGACAUAUAUAUAUAAUGUGAAGAAUUAAAGUUUUUUGCCACAUUUUCUGCCUCAAUUCAAGAGAAAUUAAAAAAAUUAAAGAUUAGCAUGCAUAUACCAGUGUAUGUGUGUGUGUAUAUAUAUAUACACACACACACACACGCACACACACACAGUAUAUGUAUGUAUAUGUUAGGGGUGCGUGAGCAAGGGGGGGGAUCCCAAAGCAGGUCAGUUGGUUGCGAUGAAUGAUAUUUUAUUGGUGAACACAAGAUAGUAGAUGAUGACGUGAGAGCCAAGGCAGAAGGCGGGUGACGUUAGGCUAGGAGGAGUUAGCCAGGAGACGAAGAGGGGGCUCGAGAAGAGGCAGGCAUGGAAUUUGACAAUCGCCGCGCAUGAGACAGGUCCUGGGGCAAGAGCAAAAAUAGUCAAAAACCAGUAAUCUUAAAACGAUGAGUCAAAAUGGCGAGAUGCAAGUGAUGGAGGUAACCAGACGAGUAGAUCGGGCGAUGAGGUGGUGGCGUCCACUGGCUUUUAAAGAAGGCUGAUUGUAAAUGCCCGCACCUGUGGCCGCUCCUCCUGUCAGACGUCCCAACCUGUAAUCAGAUAAAAACACAUGCACCUGCCCAAGGUGGGUCAGGUCUCAGAAGGGACGGGCGGAGGCCCUAACAAAUUUAAAAAAUAUAUAUAUAUAGGUAUAUAUAUAUAUAGUACAUGUAUAUGCAGGCUAUGAAAAGAGGCCACUGAGACAGUCCAGCACAUCACAGCAGGGUGUAAGAUGCUGGCAGGCAAGGCAUACAUUCAAAUUGUCUCCCGUCUAACUUACAAAUUCGAUUCCAAUGAGGGAAUCCAAUUAUGACUUGAGAGGGAGCAGAUUGUUUACUUAUCGUUAGAACUACCUUAAAAUCAUUUUCGGUUACUAACAUUGGCGCUCCCCUCUGGGAUGCCAUUGACCCAGGACUAACCAGCGUAGGGUCAUUGGCUGCCUUUAAAAGGACUUACAAGGACAGCAUUCUGAGUCGCUACCAUGAUAAACCUCAAUACCACAACACUACUGUCACACACACAGACAUAACAUAGUGUUCCCACAACAAAUAAAUAAAUGAUAGGAAUGUCAGGGACAAAGAUCAAGUAGUACUGCUAUCAUAUGUGCAUGCUGUCCACUUGAUUUGAACUGUAACAUCUGUGUGCAUUGGAGUUGCUCAACUGGUCGCUGAGUUCACUAGACAGAAUUUUUUCAACAAUGCGACCUACAUCGAACCAACGCCCAUGUCCACCUUCACGUCUGGAUAACGCAAUGUACAAUGCCUACUCUACCAUGUAUUGAUUGUGCGUCCUUGGUUGCAGGGGACGGGACUUGAUAAGCAUAUGCUUCUCCUGUCAGCUCUUGUCUUUUUCUCUUCAGUUCUUUUUUUCUUCGGGUUAAUCAUAUCACAUCUUGUAAAUGUCAAUGAUACUGAUGACGAUGACAAGUAAAUAAAUAAAUACAUGGAACAACAUAACCAGGUAGCAGGCAUAGAGAACAGGAACAUCUGUGGCGAGUACGCACUGGAGACCCCAGAGUCAAGGUGGGCAAUGCCUCCAAAGGUGGUCGAGAACAACCGAGCCAAGAUCCUGUGAGACUUCCAGAUCCAGACAGACAAACUGGUGAUGGCCAAUCAGCCUGACAUAGUGGUGGUUGAUAAACAUCAGAAGACAGCAGUAGUGAUAGAUGUAGCAAUCCUGAGCAACAGCAACAUCAGUAAAAGAGAACAUGAAAAGAGAGAAUAUCAAAAGAGAGAAAUAUCAAGGGUUGAAGGAAGAGUUGGAGACAAUGUGGGGAGUGAAGGCAAUAGUGGUGCCAGUAGUGAUUGGGACACUAGGGGCAGUAACGUCCGACGUCUCCGCUCAGAAGAGCGCAAUCCUAGGGACAGCUAAGAUCCUGCGCAGAACUCUCAAGCUCCCAGGCCUCUGGUAGAGGACCCGAGCUUAAAGGAGAGAUGCUGCUCAGCCUCCAACUUGUACAGACGCACUCUGAAGCACUCUCUUAUCUUAACCGAUAAGCGCUCAGGGCCAGCAAGCUCGACUCCCAGUAUGGCUCCAAAGAAUUUAAAACCUGGAGACUUGGAUGAAAUAAAAUCCUCCAUACAGAAGUUGGAGGUCUCCUUGACUGGCUUGAUUCAAAACCAGAAUCAAGAAAUCGUCAGAGAGCUCCAUUUAAUUCGCGCUGAAAACAAGAAACUCAAGCAGGCGGUCGAGGAGAGAGAUGUUCGCAUCAAGAAGAUGGAAAUUUUGGCUGACGACCUCAACCAGUGCCGACGCGCAAAUGAGCUCAUAAAUUCUGGAUUACAACUGACGCCUGGCCCAGGGGACACAGUGGCGCAACUGGCAAUUGCUAAGCUGAAAGAGUAUGGAAUAAACAUGGAACCGCUGGACAUCCGUCGCUCCUUCUGCUCCCAUCUGGGGGGAGAGGACCGGCGACGGUGCUCAUGAAGCUGGCAGACCACAAGACCAAGACUGCCCAGCUUAACCAGCGCCGCCACCUGAAAGGGUCGAAGAUUUUCUUGAAUGACAACUUGACUAGCCGAAAUGCCGAAAUUGCAAGAAAAGCACGUCAACUCAAGAAAGCUGGGAAAAUAGCCAACACCUGGGUCUCGGAUUGCAGGAUCCUUGUCAAGACGCAAGAUAUGAAGAUUAAAGCUAUUACGAGUUUUGACCAACUGACUACAAUAGCUGGAUAACUGUAAAUACUACACAGCCGACCAGUAUAACAACUCGUGGAUGUGGACGGUGGGCUGAAACUUAUCAACGGCAGGAGUUACAAGAAUCUUGAACACAUUAAGGAUUAUCUACCAAAGACAACAAAGGCUCUGACUUUAAAUUGCACGGAUAUAACAUGACACAAAGUAUCGGGCAUCUAAGGGGGGAGGGGGUGUUGCUAUUAUGAUUGACAAUCUCCUGGAAUGUAUUAAAAUUGAACUCCUAAUCCCCAAUUGUAAAAACAUAAUUAUCUGCUGUGUCUACCGAGCUCCUGAUUCAAAUGUCUAGUUUACUGAGUAUAUGGAAAAGAUACUGUACAAAACGAAUAAUAAGCAUGUUUUCGUUGUGGAGACAUUAAUCUUGGGAUAAAAUAUGUACAGCAUGUUGUUUCAUUUUCUCAUACAUUCAUGUCUGAUGAAACUGUUACAGUGACCUUGUGUGCGCCAAUUGUUGCCACCAUGUACACCUCAGCAAUGUAUCCUUUUAAGAGACUUAUAAGAAAAGCAUUUUGAGUCGCUACUCACACCAGCUGUGAUAACAUGUCACACACAUAGCCACAACAAAAUUGUUCCACAGCAAACAGAUGCAAAAUGUCAGGGACAUGACAAAGUCAUAACCUUGUCCAAAAAUUAAUCGAGCUGCUUGACUGGACGCUUAGUUCCCAAACCCAGAUUGUUGACUGUGUUAUUUUACAGUUUUUGAUGUAUGUUCCAUGCAUGAAAGUGAGUUUUUAGCUGUAUGGGGGAAUGGAAACUGAUAAGCAUAUGCUUUAUCUCGUCUCGUCUCGUUUUGUCGUCUUCUUCGGUUCCUUCGGGCAAAUCAUAAUCACGUUUUGCAAUUACAAUGAUUGUCAAUGAUACCGAUGAUGAUGACAAUAAAAUUCCAUUAAAAAAAAAAAAAAAACAAACACACAAAGCACACAUCAUCUGAGAUCAUAUAAUCCUGCAGCUAAAAAAAGAGGAACUUUUCUGUGUAACUGAAGUUCAGUUUGCAUGACCAAAUGGAAAUAUGGGCAUACAGUUUGUUUUAGUGCAGGGUUCACCAAAUCCGGACCUAUCCUGUCGUGUUUUCCAUGUAUUUCUUCCCUAACACACCUUAAUCAAAUGAUUGUGUCCAUCAGCAAGCUCUCCAGAAGCCUGAUAAUGAUCCUGAUCAUUUGAUUCAGGUGUGUUGGAGGGAGACAUGAAAAACACGACAAGAAAAGUGGCCUCGAGGUCCAAAUUUGGUGAACCCUGUUUUAGUGCUCUGUGUGCUUGCAACGGCCUCCCUUUGCAUGAAUUACUUCUUCCUUGAUGUGUCGUGGCAUGGAUCAAUCUGUGGUUUCGUGUUAGUUUAAUGGAAACCGGUGUUGCUUUGAUAGCUGCCUUCAGGUCAUCUGCAUUGUUGGUUCUGGUUUCAUAUCAACAUCUUUAGACAAUAGCCCAUAGAUCUCCUCCAGGCUCCAGGUCAGGGGAGCUUUCUGGCUAGUCAAGCUCAAUCAGGUCAAUCGGUUUUUGCUGCCUUUGGCAGUGUGGGCUAGGGACAGAUCUUGCUGGAAAAUAAUGAAAAUUUAACCCUCACGGCAAAUGUAAUAUAAUGGCUUCCAAAUGUACAUUUUACAAACAAGAGGUCAAAGCCACCUAAAAAAAAACAUGCUUUUUCAGAGUACAGGAUCUUUAUUUAAAUAGUCAUUUGUCUUACAAAAUCCGCGUACAAUGCAUGAUAAAUACUUUACGAGACUGUUCACAUCAUAAUGAUUUUAUUUUUAACCACAUUGUGUCCUGGAAGAGGAACAUGCUAAUUAACCCAGUUAACUUGUGCAAGGCGGAGGACGCAUUUCACUUUGUUAUAAAAUAAAAAGGAAGAUGGUGACGGUGGAAAAAGGACUAAUCAAAUUGUUCACAGUUUGUCAACAUCCUCAUUGGACUCCUAACAGUAGGACCAUACAGUACAACAGCAUGCAAAUUGCAAUUCAAAUAGGCGUUGGCCAAAGGCACUUGGAUUUCUGUAUGAACUAAACAGCCAUACAUGUGCCAGCCAGUCACACUAGUGGAUUAUCCAGCACCCUGACAGAUGAAUACAGGUCUUUACAUCCAGUACGCACGCACGCACACACACUUACAGUAUACAUUAGUGUAAUGAGGAACUUGAACAUAUGCUGAACUUGCAUUUACUGAAAAGUUAAAAAAGGAUUGAAAACUUUUGACUCAACAAUGAUGCACAUUAAAUUAAUGAGAAUUAUUGUCAAUUUAUUACAUUUACUUGGCAUUUUUGCUUGUCUGUUGCGUCUCUUUGUAUUUUCUUGUAAUUUUAGAUGAAAUUGCAAUUUUGAAUUGCUUGGCUAUUGAGCGCGGUGACAGUUCCCAUCCUUGGAACAUAUGAACAAGUACAAUGCAAAAAAGCCUAAAAUAAAGACAUU